ACUGGCAUGGAUCUGUAACACAGCGCGACUGUGUUGGGGCUGGGCUGCCCGAUGCCCUGCAUGGUUGCCUGGUCCCGGAGUCGUUUGUGAUUGAUAGCAGGGACUUGAUUGCUGAGGUUGGCAUGGGUUGGCAGGGAGCUGAGGAUGCAUUGUGGUUGUCUUCUCUUCCUCUUCUUCUCCUUCGUCUUCCUCCUCCUCUUUCUCUUGACUCUUCUUCCUCUCCUCUCCUCUCCUCUCCUCUCCUCUCCUCUCCUCUCCUCUCCUUUCCCUUUUCCUCAGGUCACAGCGGAGUGAAUCAGCUCGGUGGUGUCUUUGUCAACGGGCGGCCACUGCCGGACUCCACCCGGCAGAAGAUCGUAGAGCUAGCUCACAGCGGGGCCCGGCCGUGCGACAUUUCCCGAAUUCUGCAGGUGUCCAACGGAUGUGUGAGUAAAAUUCUGGGCAGGUAUUACGAGACUGGCUCCAUCAGACCCAGGGCAAUCGGUGGUAGUAAACCGAGAGUAGCGACUCCAGAAGUUGUAAGCAAAAUAGCCCAGUAUAAGCGGGAGUGCCCGUCCAUCUUUGCUUGGGAAAUCCGAGACAGAUUAUUGUCCGAGGGGGUCUGUACCAACGAUAACAUACCAAGUGUGUCAUCAAUAAACAGAGUUCUUCGCAACCUGGCUAGCGAAAAGCAACAGAUGGGCGCAGACGGCAUGUAUGAUAAACUAAGGAUGUUGAACGGGCAGACCGGAAGCUGGGGUACCCGCCCCGGUUGGUAUCCGGGGACUUCUGUGCCAGGGCAACCUACACAAGAUGGCUGCCAGCAACAGGAAGGAGGGGGAGAGAAUACCAACUCUAUCAGUUCCAAUGGAGAAGAUUCAGAUGAGGCCCAAAUGCGACUUCAGCUGAAGCGGAAGCUGCAAAGAAAUAGAACAUCCUUUACCCAAGAGCAAAUUGAGGCCCUGGAGAAAGAGUUUGAGAGAACUCAUUAUCCAGAUGUGUUUGCCCGAGAAAGACUAGCGGCCAAAAUAGAUCUACCGGAAGCAAGAAUACAGGUAUGGUUUUCUAAUCGGAGGGCCAAAUGGCGAAGAGAAGAAAAACUGAGGAAUCAGAGGAGACAGGCCAGCAACACACCUAGUCACAUCCCCAUCAGCAGUAGUUUCAGCACCAGUGUCUACCAGCCAAUCCCACAACCCACCACGCCUGUUUCCUCCUUCACCUCUGGCUCCAUGUUGGGCCGGACAGACACAGCCCUCACAAACACGUACAGCGCUCUGCCACCCAUGCCCAGCUUCACCAUGGCGAAUAACCUGCCUAUGCAACCCCCAGUCCCCAGCCAGACCUCUUCGUACUCCUGCAUGCUGCCCACCAGCCCUUCGGUGAACGGGCGGAGUUAUGAUACCUACACCCCCCCACAUAUGCAGACACACAUGAACAGUCAGCCAAUGGGCACCUCGGGCACCACUUCCACAGGACUCAUUUCCCCUGGUGUGUCAGUUCCCGUUCAAGUUCCUGGAAGUGAACCUGAUAUGUCUCAAUAUUGGCCAAGAUUACAGUAAAAAAAAAAAAAAA